AGACACAACAUUGAUAUUCUGUUCUGACAGAACACAAACUGCGAUGGAGCUGGAGGGAAAACUCGAUCUUCAACUAAAUGUUGUCGAUCAAAACGGAUGUGAAUUAACCGAUAAAAAGCCACAUCUUUAUCAGACAACACACACAGUAAGAUGGAAAGAAGUUGUGCAAUGGGUGAAGGAUAAGCUGUUAAUCACUGACUCACUGGCAUUUAGUUAUUUUGAUGAUGAGGGUGACCUUAUAUUUGGAAAUACUGAGCAAGAAUGGAAGGAAGUGUUGGAAAACAGACAUGAAAAUAAAAAUGGAGGUGGAUCUACAAUCUCUGUCAAUGUUCUUCUUUUGGGAAAAGCUAAAUCUUCAAGUUGUUUUAAAGAAGUAAAGGGAAACACAGAGCAAGAAUGGAAGGAAGUGUUGGAAAACAGACAUGUAAAUAAUAGUGAGGGUGGAUCUGCAAUCUCUGUCAAUGUUCUUCCUUUGGGAAAGGCUAAAUCCUCAAGCUGUUGUAAAGAAGUUAAGAAGCCCACCAGUUGUUGUGCAGGUGUACAAUCUAAACCGUCCUGCUGUGAAUUUUUGAGGCCCCUCCCUCCUGACCCAAGUGUUAUCAGUGGCCCCCUGGAGAAAAAAGUCAACCCACUUCUGGGCGAGUACAAGUACAGUAAUGAUGCCCUAAGAGCUGUUACUCUUCCCCUUGGACCAAUAGGUGGUGGGUCUAUAGCGUUAGCUGGUGAUGGGGGUCUUCGCCAGUGGCAGAUUACCAACACAGUCAAUCAUGUAGCUCAUGUCCCAGAUUCUUUCUUUGCCAUUCGAGUGGAUCAAGGAAGCUCGAGUAAAGCUGUCAUUCUUCAGUCCAGCACUUGGUAUGAUGACGAAGGAUUCACUCCUGCAGCAUAUGUCACAGACCAUGUUGUGCCAGAUGGAUCUAAACAGCUCCUUGGUGAACUACCAGGAGUAAAAACUUUAGAAGUAACUGCAAAAUACCCCAUUGCAGAAGUGGAUGUUUUGAGUGAUGAGGUGCCUGUCCAAGUGCACCUAGAGGCAUUCAACCCAUGCAUCCCUCUAGACUCCAAGAACAGUGGAAUACCAGUGAUCAUCUUAAAUUACACUGUGACUAAUUCGUCAAAUGACGCAGCAAAGGUUUCAUUACUGGGAUCCCUCCAAAACAUUGCAGGCUGGGAUGGACUGACUCCAAUUACUUCAGAAGUUGCCUGUCCUGGAUAUGGUGGAAAUAUGAACAGUCUCUUGCAGAGCAGCCGUCUGUUUGGUAUUGACAUGAGUAACCAAUCCUUGGAAGAGCAGAGUGCAUCAAAUGGACAUGUGUCAAUCUCAGUGGUGACAAAGCCAGAACUACCUGGCCAAGGAAAGUGUGGUGCCUCACCAAUGGGUAAAACUUGGAAUGGAGCUGUUUGUUGUGAGAGAGAAAUACCACCCAACAAAUCAGAGACCUUCACAUUUCUCUUGGCUUGGCAUUUUCCACACAGAUAUGUAAACUGGAGCCAGAAGGCCUUUGGUAUACACGAUCCCGACACACAGUUUUACAUUGGCAACCAGUAUGUCAAGUUCUGGAAGAACAUUAACGAGGUUUUGUGCUACACAACUGCCAACUUGGGAUUCUUAACAUCAUUAACCAGAAACUUUAUGAAUGCAAUGUUUGAUUCCACAUUGCCGUGGCAAAUAAUUGACAGUGCUGCUGGAAGGCUAUCUCCUCUAAGAUCUCCCACUUGCAUGUGGUUGGCUGAUGGCAAUCUUUAUGGAUUUGAAGGAUGUAGCAAGGUUGGAGGUUGUUGCCCACUCAAUUGCACACACGUGUUUAAUUACGAAAUGGCCAUUGCAAAAUGUUUCCCUGAUUUGGAGAGAACCAUGAGAGUGCUUGACCUGAAAGAGCAGAUAGCUCCCAAUGCUAUCAUACCGAGCCGUACCACUGUGCCUCUUGAACUUCGACGCUUGUGGAGCUUUUGGCCCAACUACACUGACGUUAACCCCGCCUCUACCACGAUAUGCGUUGAUGGCGAAAUUGGAACCGUGUUGAAAGCCUACAGAGAGGUUCUUCAGGGAGCUUCUCAAGAGUGGUUUGACGGCGUUUGGCCAGCAGUUAAGAAAAUCAUGGCACGAUGGAUGGGGGAACUGGAUACUGGAGAUGGUUUGAUUCGUACCCCCCAGCCUAACACUUACGACACCGCUUUCUACGGUGUGAACACAUUCACGUGCUGCCUUUACCACUGCGCACUCCGGGCUGCAGAGGAAAUGGCUAAACUUCAAAAAGAAUCGGACCUUGCCGAUCAGUACUCAGCCAGGUUCAAACUGGGGAGUGCCAAUCUCGACAAGGCCUGUUACACAAACGGAAAAUGGUACACACAGGUGCUAGAUCCAGAGAAUCCAAAAGCGGAGCUUGCUGACGGAACAUUCGUCGAUUGUUUGCUUGGCCAGUGGUGGGCAUAUGUUUUGCAGCUCGGUGAUAUUUUACCAAAGGAACAUGUCAAGUCUACUUUGGAAAACAUUUAUUCAAGAAAUCACGUGGAUUCCUUUAUUCCAGAGGACCAGAAACCCCGGAAGUUCUUUGAUCAGCGUGACGCCGGACUCUACAUUUGCCGAUGGCCUGGAUCGCCACCAGAAGAUCCCUUCCGGUACAGCAGCGAGGGAGCCUGGACCGGUUUGGAGUACGAAUACGCCCACUUGUGUUUGAGUCAGUCGAUGGACACCACUGCACUCAGGGUUUUGACCGACACCCGUGAAAAGUAUGACGGAACUCGCCGCAGUCCUUGGAACGAGAUCGAGUGCGGCGACCAUUACGUCCGACCAAUGGCAGCUUUUACCUUAUUUGAGCUAGCUUCAGGUCAGACUUGGAAGUUGUCAGAGGUUGGGAACCCUGUGAUCAGCCUUGGGUUUGCACCGCGAAUUAAUCCGUCAAACUUCUGUGGCUUUUUUAUUACUGGCACUGCUUGGGGUCAGUUUAAACAGAAGGGAAAUGACGAAAUGAGAGAUGGAACUGCUGAGCUAUGUGUUCAUCAUGGAGAAUUACGCCUAUCACAACUUACUCUCAAGUCACGUGCCACCUCUGCUUUAACGCGCAUGACCGGGGGUAGUAACGAACUUCUGGCCACAACAGUAGCUCAGGAUGCUGAACAGCUCUCAAUUGAAUUCAAAUCUGGUGGAAUUCUACUCAAAGCUGGCGAGAGUCUGCAUGUAACACUUUCAGGUUAAGCGUGCUUCUCUUUAUGGCGUUCCUUGAAAGGAAACAAAAAUGGCUUCUAUAUCGUUACCAACGAAUGAUCUGUGGGCACACUCAAAGAUGACGUCUAAUAUUAAAUUGUAAAUGUUCUUUUAAGAUAUUGUAACGUUAGUGUCGGUAGCAGAUUGACAAUUUAAGCUCCAAACUGCCCGAAGGGAUCAAAAUGUAACUUCUCCUGAUAACAAGCUGUGGGGAGAAUAGAUUAUUAGAUCUUAGGAGUGUAGUGGUUAAUCCUAGGACUGGUCGGUUAGAACGACCAUUGCGUUACGAGCGUGACUUCCUUUGAUAAGGGGCACACAGGGUCUGUAAAUCUAUGCGAAAAGGUGGACUUAUUGGGUCGGUUAUUUACAAGAAGUCUAACCGAAACCAUGGUUUCACGCAAUCAGUGGGCCUCAGGCAUUCCCUUCAAAUGGAUCGAUGUAAUAAAAUAAACGUUCUUUCCACUAUCUCCUUUCGACCCUCUUGACACUGUUCACGAAAGUUAUUGUUCAGAUAAAUUAUUUGGCUGAAGUGAAGAUGGUUUAGAACGCCGUUUUGUUGAACAUCGUCUAAAAUUUGUCUAAACAAUCAGACAAUUGAUGUGUACAUAAGCAUUGCAAUCUUUUACUUUUUUUUACAAUCUCUUUACAACGUUAUUAUAUUAUUUUCGUAAAUGAUUUACCUACCCUCGGAAAAAGCCCUGAACCUGAUAAAAUGAGUACUCCGCCUAUUAUGAAGUGGCCAAAUUUAAUUUUAAAAUUUGGGUCUCUUAUAGGAAUUGAAAGAGUAAGUACCAACUCUUAGCAUUUUUUUUUUUAUAAAGCAAAAGGUAACAAAUAACAGAAUUACUGAUAAACUAUAGGCCCUCUAUCAUGACGAAAUAUUGGGUGCUGAAAACACAUACAAUAUAUUACCAAAACUGAAAAUAGAAAUGCUUUUGUAGGCUUCGCUAAAGUAUGAGAAAGAAAAAGAUGUUAAAAUGAGGAGCUCUUUGUAUCUCUUCUAGUUUAAUUGUUUACGCCUUAAAUUAAAAUCCAAGUGCACAUUGA